UUUUUUUCAAACUAACGGCAGAGAGUAACAUUUUUGUAUUAAUAAUUUUAAAAAGUUUUAAAGUUGAGUGUGUAUUUUGGAAAUUAUAUUUACGGUUAAUUCUUCACCAACCCAUUCUGCUUCCCACAUACGUUGUCUGCUACAAUCCAUGUUUUCUUGUGUCGGUCGCAAAUCUCAAUCUUAAUAGAUAUUUUUCUUUAUAGAUUUUGUCCUUCAUUUUAAUUUCUUUUUCAUUUUUCUGGAUUUUCAUUUAUUACACAGCUUCAUAGCCUCCACUGAUUUUUUCUUUCUCGAUUUAAUCCAAUCCAUACUUUGUCGUCCUUUCUACAGUGAAUCUACUGAUUUUGGUCCUAGGGUUUUCCAUUCGACGCAUUUAAUCUCGAUUUAGCUAACAUGGGAGACUUUUCUUGUCAAUUUUGCCACAAUUUUAUUUCCCCCCUCAAUUUUUAGGGUUUCUCUUCACCCCUCCUUUUUUCUUAAUCUGUGAGAGAUCGUCUAUAAAUCUGCUAACCAACUGAUGAAUCCACAUUGAACCAUUUGAUUCGACUCAGAUUUAGCUUAAACUCAGCUAAAUUUGUCGAAUUUGAGAACCCCGCGCUGAUGGCUUUGAUACGGUUGGAGGCGCCGAAGCAGUACUACGCGACCAGCAGCUUGGUGAUCGGCUAUGCUCUCUGCUCCAGCUUGCUUGCUGUGAUCAACAAAUUCGCUAUUACCAAAUUCAAUUACCCUGGUUUGCUUACUGCUCUUCAGUAUUUAACUUCAGCUGCAGGUGUUUGGAUUCUGGGUAAAUUUGGGUUCUUGCACCACGAUCCCUUCAAUCUAGAUACAGCCAAGAAAUUCCUCCCUGCAGCAUUGGUGUUUUAUCUGGCUAUUUUCACGAAUACGAAUCUCCUUCGUCAUGCCAAUGUUGAUACUUUUAUAGUUUUCAGAUCUUUAACUCCACUUCUUGUGGCGAUUGCCGACACAGCGUUUAGGAAGCAGCCUUGCCCUUCUAAACUGACUUUCCUUUCUUUGGUGAUCAUUUUGGGAGGCGCGGUUGGAUAUGUAGCUACCGAUAAUGGGUUUACGCUGACUGCGUAUUCGUGGGCUUUCGCCUAUUUGGUGACUAUCACGACAGAGAUGGUUUACAUCAAGCACAUUGUGACUAAUCUUGGGUUGAACACUUGGGGAUUUGUGUUGUACAAUAACCUUUUGUCGUUGAUGAUGGCGCCCCUGUUUUGGGUCUUGACAGGGGAGUAUGUUGAUGUGUUUGCAGCUCUGGGAUCGUCGAGUGCAGGGGAUUUGUUUGAACCCGUUGCGUUUUCUGCAGUGUCUUUGUCGUGUGUGUUUGGGUUGCUCAUUAGCUUUUUUGGCUUUGCGGCUAGAAAGGCUAUAUCCGCGACUGCAUUCACGGUUACAGGGGUUGUGAACAAGUUUCUGACUGUUGCUAUCAAUGUGUUGAUUUGGGAUAAGCAUGCCACUCCUUUUGGUUUGGUGUGUUUGCUCCUGACUAUUGUUGGAGGGGUUUUCUAUCAGCAGUCUGUCACCGGAGGAGUUGGGACUGCUCCUAACCAGCGGGAGCCCAAGCAAACCGACAGUAAGAACGAUGUCAGAACUGACAGGGAUGAAGAAAAAGGUAUCUCUGGUAAACUUUCUGGAGUAUGAGUGUUCAAUUUGACAUUAGCUGCCUGCAGAGGGACACAACUUAUAUUUGAUUCAAUCUGUCAAGCCUUGUGACCCAGAAGAUACUUUUGGUUACUCACUCGAGAAUUUCCUAGAAUUUUAUAUAUGCCGAAUGUUUUUAAUCAUAUCCAUCAUUUACUAUCUAAGUUUUAUAGAUGAGACUCAUUUGCCAUAUUAAGAUGCUGAGGAUCACUUGACCUUA